AUGUCUACCUUCAAGGGAUCCGUCAGUGUUACCCAUAUCGGCACUGCCACUGCCCUUCUUCAAAUCGACGAUGCCACCUUUUUGACCGAUCCCCUCUUUGCCUCUGCUGGAACCGAAUGGGACCUCCAAGUUGUUGUCCUCAAGGCAACCCAGGAUCCUGCUAUUAAGCCCGAAAACCUCCCCAAGAUUGACGCUGUCCUCCUCAGCCACGAAGAUCACCCCGACAACCUGGACGAGAUCGGACGCAAGGUCCUCGAAGGCAAGAGAGUUUUCACUACCAAGGACGGCGCUAAGAAUAUUGGAGAAAAGGCAAUUGUGACUGGCUUCAAUGCCGGUGAUAAGGCUACUCUCGUCGCUGGAGGCAAAACUUUUGAGAUCAUUGCCACCCCGGCAGAGCACUUACCCGGGGGCGAGUGUAUCGGCUUCCUUGUCACCUCACCUGAUUUUGGAACAACUGAUGGUCUUCCCAAUGCCAUUUAUUUCUCUGGUGACACCAUUUACAACCAAGAUGUUGCCAAUAGCCUCAAGGGGUACCAUAUCAGUCUUGCUCUGCUCAAUCUCGGCAGAGCAGCUGUCGAAGUGGGAGGCCCCGAACCUCUGCCAAUUACUUUGGAUGGUAAGCAGGCCUCACAGCUCAUCAUAGAUGCCAACGUGGAAAAGGUCGUGCCGAUGCACUUUGAGGGAUGGGGUCACUUCAGCGAAGGCAGGGAGCCAGCUACCAAGGCUUUUGCAGAGGCGGGUGUCAGUGACAAGGUCUUCUGGCUGCCUCGUGGUGAGCGCAAGGUGUUUUUCUAA